AUGAGGACGAGGAUGUGCGAUCUUCCAUCGAAACUGGUUGGGGAGAAGAUACUGACCAAGGUUCCGAUAACAUCUCUGGGACAAGUGCGGUCCACUUGCAAACUAUGGGACGGUCUAUCGAAAGAUUGGAUUCUGGGUAAAGAAGCAGCAUCAAGGACGCAGCAGUUUCUAGGGUUCAUGACCAUGGAUUCCAAGGUUUGUUCACUGAGAUUCAAUCUCCGCAGCAAGGACGGAGAGCAAGAGCAAGAGGAAGCGCAAGAGGGAGAGGAGGCGGUUGAUGUAUCUGUUAAGCAGGUGGAUAUACUUAAUCAAGUGGAAAUCUCUAAAGUGUAUCAGUGUGAAGGCUUGUUGCUAUGCGUGGCCAAGGACAACUCGAGGCUGGUGGCGUGGAACCCUUACUUAGGGCAAACAAGGACGAUCGAACCAAGAAAGAGUUUCCACAAAAGGGACGUGUAUGCUCUCGGAUUCGACAAGAAGACCCGUAACCACAAGAUCUUGAGGUAUUUGGACUAUCAGGAAGGGAAGGAGCACCUUUUCGCGUUUGAAUUCUACGACUUUGGCUCUAACUCGUGGAGGCUUGUUGAGGUCAGACCCGACUGGGAGGUGGCAUCUGGUCACCGCGGCGUGUCUCUGAAGGGAGAUACUUAUUUCUUUGCUCAGGAGAAGAUAGGACGCGACUUUUUUGAUCCAACUUUUCGAAGCUCAAGAAGUUCAGUGUAUAGCCGUGGCUUUGGUAGAGUACUAGAUUGUGAUGAUUUCCUACUCUGUUUUGAUUUUACAAGAGAGAAGAUGGGACCGCGUCUGCCUCUUCCGUUUCACACUUUACCUCCAUUAGGAGAGAUUGUGAGUCUCUCUUGUGUUAGAGAAGAACAGCUCGCUGUGCUGUUUCAGCAUGGUGGUGAGGAGGAGAUACGUGAGGAACUGGACGUUUGGGUUACGACUAGGAUUGAUCCCGAGGACGUGUCAUGGACCAAGUUUUUGACUUUCGAUAUGAGACCACAAGCUAGACUUGGUGUUGGUCAGCUUCACAAGCAUCCGAGCUUCUUCAUUGACGAGCAAGAGAAAGUCGCUGUGGUUUUCGAUGUAAUGGAGUUUAGUAACAAGGAUAACCAGCCUAGCUACCACACAGCUUUUGUCUUCGGACAAGAUGGAUACUUCAAGCCUGUGCUUCUCGGAGAAGCUCCCAAUAUCUAUACUGGAAGAUUUUCUACCUGGAAAAUGUAUUGUCCCCCAAUUGUGUGCUCGUCUUCUUAUCUCCCAAGUUUAGUGCAAAUCAAGCUCAACAACCCGCGCAAAAGGAAAGAAAGGCUUGUGAUUUUACACUCGUUUCUUGCAAGUCUAACUAGCUGA